CAGCCCCGCGGAGGGCGUGAGUGCGAGGGAGGCCGGGAGAGCGCGUGUGGGCGGGGAGCGCGAGGAGGAGAGCGAGCCGGGAGAGCGCGGAGCCAGCGGAGCGCGGAGGUCCCAGCGCCAGCCCCCGCGCGGGCGUCCUCGUGCAGCUUAGUGGCGCAGUGGCAGCAGCAGCAUGAGCACCCCCUGGCCUGCUCCACCACAGCCAGGCGCUGCUGAGGGGGCUGGAGGCCCAGAAGGGAAGCCUGUGGCAGGUGCCUGGGAGAAGGGCCCUCGGCUGGGCCAGCGGCUGCCCUCAAUCGUGGUGGAGCCCAGCGAGGCGGACCCUGUGGAAAGUGGGGAGCUGCGCCGGCCCCUGGAGAGUGCCCAGAGGGGCCCCUCUCAGAGCCGGGCUGCUGCUGCCCCCUCGCCGAGUCUGCCCGGAGAACCAGGGAAAGCUGCAGAUAAUGCUGGCAGCGAGUGUGCCUGCUCCGAGGACCCAGCAGCCCCGGCCCGGGGAUAGGACAAGGACGUGGCCGGGCUCUGCUGUCUGACUGCUGAGGGCCUCUGCCCCAGGGUGGCCGGGCUGAUGCACAGGAGGGCCGGGCCUGCCCAGCCUGGAAAGCCCAGAGGCUGCUUCCUGUCUCACAGGGUCUGGACCGCAGCCCUGCCCUCUUCUGCCCAUGGCCCAGGUCUGGAUCACACCCCGCUUUGUUCCGUGGUUUGAAGCAGAAAUAAAGGCACUUCCUGGUG